AUGGUUGGAAAAGUCAGCGAAAGGGUCCUCCUUCGGGAAGGCCUAGAGAGGACUGACAAUGGCAUGAAGCUGACACAAUGGCCUGAUGUAACUCCCAUCAAUCAGAAGAACUACUAUACAGAUUACAUGAAGCGCGAUGACCAAGUUCUUGCCCUUCGUCUUCAAAGCGAUGCGACACGCGAUCGACUAGUACAGAACGCCCGCGACCGAGACCGCGUUCUAUCCAAGACUGCCAAUGGUGAACUUCCGCUCCCUGUCGCAGAUCUACCCGACGAAGAUGGCGCCGCGACACCAUCGGCUGGCAUAGACCCCUCCAAAAUCAUUGUGAUUCACCCUGGUAGCCAGAACCUUCGCAUAGGCUUUGCGAGCGAUGCGCUCCCCAAAACGAUUCCCAUGACCUUAGCGACAAAGUUCCCCCAAACCGAAUCCGAAAUGUACGAGGCCCUCCCGCGACGACAGUUCGAGGCCAAGACCGUUGAUCAGCAAUAUGGCGAAGAGUGGUCAAAGAAGUACAACAAGAUGUGUAGUGACCUUAAAGUCGAGAUGCGAGCCAACAAGCGCAAGGUCUUGCCCAAUUCGAAAGAGCUUGUUCAGACAUUCAAUCGCCGUACAGAACCGGAAAUUAUCCAGAAGCACAACGACCCGCUUGAGAUUGAAUGGACCGAUAUCGAAACACUUGAAGACCCUGAAUCUUUAGCUUCGUGCUUCAUCGGACACCAGGCUGAGCGUGUCCCCGACGACUCGAACCCCAAAUUCAAGCUCUGGUGGCCGAUGCAGCUUGGGCAAUGGAACGAGGAUGGAUACACAAGCCAGGAACACAUGUUUGACGACUUCGAGACCUUGCUCGACCGGGCGUUGAGACAGGAUCUUGGCUUGAAGAAGAACAGCGAAUGGCAACAGUACAGUUGCGUCUUCGUCAUUCCCGAUUUAUACGACAAGAAAUAUGUCGAGCAAAUCUUACGAUCUUGCAUGACAUGGUUCGAAUUCUCUAAAGUCUGCUUUGUCCAGGAGGGCAUGGCCGCGACAUUUGGUGCUGGAUACACGCAAGCCUGCGUUGUUGAUGUGGGAGCCCAGAAGACAUCCGUCACCUGUGUGGAAGAUGGCCUUGUCAUGGAAGAUUCCAGGAUCAACCUCAAAUAUGGAGGUUAUGAUAUUACUGACACCUUCCUCAAGAUGAUGCUUUACGACAACUUCCCUUACCAGGACAUGAACUUGCGACGACGAUACGAUUUCCUUCUUGCCGAAGAGCUCAAGAUUAAGCACUGCACCAUGUCACAAGCAGAUAUUUCUGUCCAGCUCUACCAGUUUCACGUUCGUGCACCUAACGAGCCAACACGGAAAUACCAGUUCAAGACAUAUGACGAAGUUAUCUUGGCACCGAUGGGAGUGUACGAUCCCGCCAUCUUCGACAACAGCACCAAGUUGAGGGGACGACGCAAGUUGGUUGAGCGAUCUUAUAACGCCUAUGAUGUCGAUAUUCCCGAUGACCCUACCUCUGCAGCUCAACUAGCUAUCCUCGCCCUCGUCCAGCCAUCGAUAACAUCCAACGUCAACGGAUUUGCGCAGUCGCAGGCCGAUGUUUCAACGCCUAUGAAGGAGAAGGGCCCAUUCUUGUUUGGAAAGGACGGCCCCGCGAACGGAACCCCCAUGGGCUCUCAUGCUGGAUCUCCCGCUCCAGAGGGUGUUAACACACCGGCUCCCCCAUUUAUUUUUGGCGCAAAGGAUAAGGACGGCGUCAACGGAGGUAGCCCGGCCCCUAAUGGGGGAACUCCAGUUCCUGGAACAACGCAACCACCUGCAGGCAUGUUUGUCGAUGCCGCUGCCCGCACCGCCAAGUCCAUCGCUAUCGAACAAGAUGCCGUCCUACCAGUUGCCCCUCUCGAUAUCGCUAUUCUCACAAGUAUUCAGAACGCCGCUAAGAACGAUGAGAAGAAGUUGAGAGAUCUGCUGGGAAGUAUCAUGGUUAUCGGCGGUGGUGCCAAGAUUCCUCACUUCACAGUGGUGUUGGAAGAAAAGAUCAAGGCCCGACGACCUGACCUCAACGAUAGAAUUCUUGUCAGUCGAAGCGCAAGAGACAUGGACGAGCAAGUGGUCACCUGGAAGGGUGCCAGCGUCUUUGCUAAACUGUCUACCAACGACUCAUGGAUCACCCCCUUCGAGUUUGAGAGAUUGGGCUCCAGGACUCUUCACCACAAGGUGCUCUGGGCCUGGUAA